UGGACAGCACUAAUCUCUCUGUAUUGCUCUUGAUGACUCUCCUCUUAAGCCUGUCUUGUGCGGAGGAUGAGAUGGCACCUCUAUCCUGCCCAGAGUACCAAGAGGGUUUUGACGGCUCCUGUUAUGAGUUUGUGGCUCUACCGCGUUCCUUCCUCAGUGGACAGGGCUGGUGUGAGCGGGGUGGUGGACACCUAGCCUUCAUUCUAAAUAUUGAUACACAGCAGUUCCUACAGAAGCACCUGCAGCCAGAGCAGGACUGGUGGCUGGGUUUAGCACCUGCCUCCCCGAACCUAACACUGGACUCUGCUGUUGCUGAAGGUCCUCUCUCCUGGCUUGAUGGCUCUGAUGUCAGCUACUCUAACUGGGUGAACGACCCUGAUCCAGGGGCUGGCUGUGGUCACAUACUGAGGAGCUCAGGGUUUCAGUGGGAGGCAACAAGCAACUGUAGCCAGGAGCUGCACUUCAUCUGCCAAUUUGUCCAGAAAAACAUCAUCCUUCAGAAGCCCAUCGGGGAGUUUGGCGUCAUUAAGUGCUAUAGCAUGAACCAAUCAACAGAUGGUGCAAACUGCAAGGCCCUGUACGGAAGCCCCCUUCAAAUCCAGGUAGAAGUAGAAGCUGGUACAAAUGUGACCUACAAACUCCACAGUGGUGAGAUGUUGGUGGCCAAUUCAUCAGCAGUCAGAGGAAUCGUCCCCCACAACAUCACAGUGGGACCAGAGGUGGAGCAACAGCUGGGCUCUGGCUGCCACCAGCUGACCCUACAUGCCUCUAACGGGGUCUCGGUCUUGGGCGUGUCCACUGAGCUGCAGGUGUGUCUGCUGGAGCCUGUGGAGGGCCUGCUGGGAUCAGUGAUGGCUGAGGAGGGGGAGUGUCCAGACUCAGACCUCUAUGUUAGUGUCUCCCUGGACCGGGGAGCCCCGGUGCAGCUUCUCUUCCAGGUGUCUGGAGCCAACGACAGCAUCUCUGAGACCAGAGACAUGCAAAACAGCAGCAUGCAGGUUUACAAUAUCUCAACCACUAUCCAAGGAUUUUUGCAAGUGAAAGUCAGGGCCUGGAAUGUCUUCUCACACAUGGAUGUGGAUGUGGGGAACACAACAGUUGUUUGUCACAACAGUUCAGACCUCAGGCAGAAUGGCUAUGCAAACACAACAGAAAAGCAUAUGAGAGUUCGCCGAGCCUAUACCUUGAGAAUUACUGCCAUUCCAGAAACUGCCAGUCAAGACACUGAAAGCGUCAAACUUGAGGUAACUGGCUUAGGAGGACUAUCAAAUGGAAAGCAGAGCAAAUUUGAAUGGGAAUGCAAAGAAGACUGUAAAGGGAAAUGCAAUGAUAAAACAACAGACACGACUCGUUUGAUUGAAAAAGACUGUCUUCCAAACCCAUUUGAGUUUUUUGAAUACACUUUUUCUGUGAAGAAACGGAGUGGCGAUGGGAAAUGGGUCGACUUGAUUUCAACAUCCCAAUGCAUCACGGUUACUCCAACAAACUUCGCCAACUUUAGAAUUUGUUGCCAGGAUAAUUGUAAUAUAGUGGAUGUAAAAAAAGAUGUCAAAUUCAAAUUGGACUGUAACUCCAGUUGCCCAAAGGUAAUUUGGCAAAUUGAGGACCCAAAACCUUCAACAGGUGCCCUGCAAAACUGUUACAACAACGCAGGGAAAAAGCCACUUACGGAAAGAAAAGAUCAAGAUGGUCAGAAAGAGUACAAAGUCAGCAAAAACUACCUGAAAGAAGCUUCAGACAGGUUUCAGAAUCUCCAUGUGAUAGUUUAUGAUAAGGAAACUUUUGAAUAUGCCAGGUACACCAUUCAGAUACCAGGUGUUACGACUCCUGCACCUGCUGAUACUACGCCACCUGUAACCUCUGCUCCGACUAUCACCUUAAGUCCCCCUUCAUGUCAUAUUGACCCUCAGAAUGGCACCGUUCUGGAUCCUUUCAAUAUCACCUGUACAACACCUACAUCCUGCACAAACGGCUGCCAAUAUUGUUUUAAAACUGACCAAGGUAAACAUCUGCGCUGCAGUUCUUUAAAUGAAGUAACGUUAAUCUUCCUACCUGUUGGGGAGAUAAGCAGCAACUACAUGCUGUCGGUAGAGGUGACUGUUACAGAAUUGAACACAAAGACACGUGGAAGUACCACAAUCAACACUGAGGUGCGGCCAGCCAAGUCCGGUACCCCAGUGCAGGAGCUCCAAUCUGCAGUGGCGAACACAGUGGCUAAUCUAGGGCAGCAGGGGAUGCUCUCUGGAGAGACCCUUGGACAGAUGUUCAAGUCUGUGUCAGACAUACUGAAUAAAGGCUCCAGUCAGGAAAAGAAUGACAGGAUGAAGCUGCGAGAACAGAUGCUGAUGAAUAUAACUGAAGCACUGGAGAACAGCUCCAGCAGCACUCCUCAGAAAGUGCAGCUGACGGCCAGUGCUGUGGCAGGACUCACCAAGAGGGGUGAUGAGCUUAGUCCCGAUGCUCAGCUUGAAGCUAGCUUCCUGGUGGCAAACCUCAGCUCUUCCCUCCUCUCCAUGAACGUCAGUGAGCAUGGUGGAGAAGAGGAGAUGGUGCAGGCAGCUACACCAAUUGUAGAGGCAGCCAGCAAUAUCCUGGAUGUUUCCUCAAACAGAGAAGUCUCUGAUUUACUUCUCAAGGGCAUGGACAAUGUGCAGAGUGCACUGUUGAAUUGGAAGAAGGUUGAUGAAGCUCCUGUGAUUGUCAACAGCUCUCAGAUCACUGUGUUUGUGAACAGAGUGUCAACAGAAGCUAUUCAGAUGCAGUCUAUAAACAUCCCAGAUAGCUCCUCUGCCAGCUUUUCCUUCCCUCCCCUGGGUGCUGAUGUCCUUUCUCCAGAUGAACCAGUGGACGUGCGAAUGCUAAGUUUCAAGAAGAACCCAUUUUCAUGGAGCGAGGAGAACAACAUUACCGGCACUGUGGGGUCUGUCUCCCUGACAAGAGGAAAUGGUUCUGUCAUCCCCAUAGAGAACCUAUCUGAGGAGAUUGAGAUCUUCUUGCCAAGGCCUGAAGGAGUGCAAGCAAACAGCACAAUACUGUACUUGGGAAACUACAGCACACUGAUGGUCGACGUCCCUUCACCUGAUGUAACACUGGUGCUGAAGAUAAAGCCAUCGAAGGACAUAACCUUUCAACUGUUCCUGGGGUAUAAAGACUACCCAAACGAUAAACAAUACAUAGCCAAGACUCAGAUGCCUCACCAGAGCAACACGCAAGAGGAGAAAUACACCUGGGUCCUGGGUCCCAAAGAUUUGACAGGAAAAGUUGGAGUGCAUUACCUUGUUGUGAGGCCCAUUGUAGAAGCAGGGGUUAAAUCCGUCAAUGCCACUGUGACUGUCACCUCCAUUGCUGCUCAGUGCAAGUAUUGGAAUGAAACCUUAUCCACCUGGAGUGAAGAUGGCUGCAGGGUUGGUCCUUUAACCACGCUAUUGGCCACCCAGUGCUUAUGUACGCACUUGACCUUCUUCGGGAACUCUUUCUUCGUCAUGCCCAACCUCGUAGACGUGUCACGUACGGCUGAGCUCUUUGGCACCUUCGCCCAAAAUCCUGUGGUGGUGUGCUUUAUUGGUUCCAUCUUUGUUGCUUACGUAUUGGUGGUCAUAUGGGCACGCAGGAAGGACAUCCAGGACACAACCAAGGUGAAGGUGACAUUGUUGGAAGAUAAUGACCCAUUAGCUGAAUACCGUUACAUACUGAAUAUCAGCACUGGGCAUCGGCGUGGUGCUUCCACCUCGUCUCAGGUUACUGUGACUCUGCUGGGCAUGGAGGGAGAGAGUGAGCCACACCACCUCACUGACCCUGACAAGCCUGUGUUUGAGAGGGGUGCAGUGGAUAUGUUCCUGUUGACCACACCCUUCUCUCUGGGGGAGCUGCAGAGCAUCAGGCUGUGGCACGACAACUCAGGGGGGCACCCUGCCUGGUACAUAAACAAAGUUAUGGUGCAAGAUGUAGAGACAGGACAGAAGUGGCACUUCCUGUGUAACUCAUGGCUGACCAUAGAUAUGAGUGAGUGCACUCUGGAUAAAGUUUUCCCUGUAGCCACGGAGAUGGAUUUGAAGAAAUUCAGCCGGCCUCCAACGAGCACCUUCACAUGUGUUCAGCGAGUCUCCUGCUGUUUCUCUCUGCUGCUGUGCACCAUGCUGACCAGCAUCAUGUUCUGGGGCAUCCCCACCGACCCCUCUGAGCAGACCAUGGACCUGGGUCAUAUCGAGUUCACCUGGCAGCAGCUGAUGAUUGGAGUUCAGAGUUCAAUCAUAAUGUUUCCAAUUAAUCUCCUCAUUGUGAGUAUCUUCAGAAACACCCGCCCCCGAGAGACGAAGCCUGGAAAGCUCAAGGCAGAGGUGUCCAAGCAAGGGAAGACUGGCAGAGUGUCUCCCACUCAGCCCUCCUCCCCACAGAGGGACAGAGAACUCACACCGAACACAGUCAUCAAGGACAUAAAGAAGAUUGCUCAGUCACUCUCCAAGGCUAUGAAGAGCCCCAUUCCACGCCUGGAGUUAGAGAUGAAGUCUGGACCACAGACUGAUAUCAACUCUCUGCUCUCUCUGGUGGAGGACAUCAUCCGGCAGCAGAACCGAGCCAGUGGAGAGUUCUACACUGAUGCCUCCAAGAAAGAGGGAUCGCUCAUUCUCUCACUAGGGGUAACCAAUCUGCAAGAGACCAGCAUGUGUGGGAGCCCUGAGAAGACUGGGGAUGGGAGACAGAAAAGGAGCACCAACAGCCAGUAUCUGUACAGGCAGCUACGCCAUGUAGAGAAGGAGCUGAGCCUACUGGGACCUUCUCGCUUCCCCAACCCAGACAGCUACUGCCGGGCAGUGCAGCAGGUCCAGGGCAUGAAGGGACUGCUAGAGUCUUCCAGCCUGGCAGGGGAUGAGCUGGCUCAAAGUCCGGGCCAAGCUGAGAGUAGUGAUGGGGACAGUGGCAGUAAAAAGUGCUAUCAAGACGGGCUGCCCUGGUGGUUUGUGUUUAUCGGCUGGAUACUGGUGGUAGCCACCAGCGGAGUAUCAGGAUACUUCACCAUGAUGUAUGGGCUGACCUAUGGGAAGGACCGCUCUAUAAGCUGGCUCAUCUCCAUGUUCGUUUCUUUCUUUCAGAGCCUCCUAAUCAUUCAGCCGCUGAAAGUGCUAGGUUUUGCAGCCUUCUUUGCUCUCGUUCUGAAGAAAGUUGAUCAGGAGGAGUAUGGGGAUCCAAAAAUUGAGGGGGCACUCAGAAACCCAGAUGACCCUGAUAUAGUCUGGGCUGUCAGGAGGGAUAGCACACGUAGCUUCUACCAGCCCCCGCCACCCACAGACGUCGAGAGGAUGAGGGACAACAUGAUCAAGGAGCAGAAGGUUUCCGCCCUCAUCAAAGAGAUUCUCACCUACAUGGGGUUCAUGUGGAUGUUGCUCCUUGUGGCGUAUGGUCAGCGGGACCCUAACGCUUACUUCCUGAUUCAGCAUAUUCGGCAGAGCUUCAGCCAAGGGAUCUCAGACAGCAUGAGCCACGGAAAUGUCUUCACCUGGGCAAAUACCUCUCUUCUCAGCAACCUCUUUGGAGAGUACCCAGGUUUCAUCACAGAUGGGAACUCCAAACUGGUUGGUAAUGCCCGUCUUCGCCAGGUGAGGGUGCAGAAGAAUUCCUGCCGAAUCGCCCGCUCCAUGCGCCAGGCUGUACCUGACUGCCAUGCUCCAUACUCAUGGGAGGUGGAGGACAUGGGCUCCUAUGGGCCAGGCUGGAACCGCUCUGUGAGUGAAAACACCUCCAAGACCCUCCGCAGCCCCUGGCAGUACCAAACCCAGGCCCGACUCAGAGCUCAACCCAUCUGGGGCAGUGUGGUUCUCUACAGGGGAGGGGGGUUUGUGGUGGACCUGGGCCCUGACUCACAGAAUGCUAGCAGUACCCUUCAGUAUCUGUUUGACAACACCUGGCUUGAUGUGUUCACCCGAGCAGUCUUUGUAGAGUUCACAGUGUACAAUGCCAAUGUCAACCUCUUCUGCAUUGUCACACUCAUGCUGGAGACCACAGCUGUAGGAGCGUUCCAGUUUCGCAGUGAGCUGCAGAGUGUCCGACUAUACCAGUCCACCGGUGGACUCCACAUCUUUGUCAUGGCCUCUGAGGUCAUCUAUUUCCUCUUUAUCUUCUACUACAUGUAUGUUCAGGGAAAGCUGAUGAAGCAGCAGAAGUGGGCUUACUUCAAGACAAAGUGGAACCUGCUGGAGCUCGCCAUCAUCCUCCUGAGCUGGAGCGCACUGUCUGUCUUCAUUAAGAGGAGCUUGCUAGGGAACCGGGACAUGGAGUACUACCACAACCAUAAAGACCAGUUUGCCAGUUUCCAUGAGACAGCCACAGCAGAUGCAGUGCUGGGAUAUCUGAUUGCAUUCCUGGUGCUAUUGGCUACAGUCAAACUGUGGUACCUGAUGAGGUUCAAUCCCAAGCUACACAUGAUCACAGCCACACUGCAACGUGCCUGGACUGACAUAUCAGGCUUCAUACUGGUCAUCACCAUUAUGUUCCUGGCCUAUUCUAUGAUUUCUAAUCUGAUGUAUGGCUGGAAGCUGUACUCAUAUAGGACUCUCCUGGAUUCUGCUCUGACCAUGGUCAGCUUGCAACUGGGCAUCUUCAACUAUGACGAGGUUCUUGAUUACAACCCGGUGCUUGGAGCGUUCCUCAUUGGCUCCUGCAUUAUAUUCAUGACCUUUGUGGUUCUGAACCUGUUCAUCUCAGUCAUCCUGGUAGCGUUCACUCAAGAGCAAAUGCAUCACAAGCCCUCAGAGGAGGAGGAGAUAGUGGAUCUGAUGCUGAUGAAGUUCUGCAGCUUGUUCGGGAUCAAAUAUAAGAAAGAAGAAAGUAACAGUCCCAAGGUGAUUGCCAACCAUGCCUCUGUUACUAAGAAAGGACCCUCGACUAUAUCCUCAGAGAUGCUUAGUUCUCAGUAAAGAUCUGCCACUCUGUAUGAAUUGAUAUUGGAACUGCUUUCAUUUAUGUUGCUCAAUAGGAGUAUUAAAACAUGUUAUAUCAAGACUUUUGCACCACUUGUAUGGUUGCUUGUAGCUGUUUAAUCAAAUCAGCAUAUGUACAUGAAAUAAUAAUUCCUCUAUCUAACAGUUCUGCUUUUUCAAUAUAUUUAGUUCCAAAAUAAAUAAACAAUAUAAAGGGUGUUGAACCAUAGCAAACUGUAUUCUUUCAUAAUUAUAAUGGGUUGCAUUAAGAUCAGAUAAAAGUCCUGAGAUGACUGUUGUGGCCUGCGCAAUUCAUUCCGAUCACAUUCCCUAGGAUAAAGAACUACUACAGAAAUUGUUUAGUGCAGUUUCUGUUUUUACUUGUGAGAGUUGGGUGCAGACCUAAGUUCAAAUGCAUGUGUAUUUGUUAUAUAAAUACUUUUUUUCUUUGUAGUUUCAAAUACACAUCCUGUAUUUUCGU